UUAUCUCGACAGUAGGUUUCAAAAACGAGUGCCUCCACCCCUUGUUGUCUACACAGAGCCGGUCCUACUCUGUACGUGUUGAUGAAAAUAUGAGAAGGUUGAGGCAGAAGGUCUCACACGGCUGGGAUUGUAUAUGGCACAGGGAGACUAACGCCGAUCGUGGGUCCACAAGUUCGAACCGCACACGGCACGACCCCGAUCAGCCUACAGAACAACAGCUGAAGGAAAGCGCGACCUCGUCGGUGCUCUGUAGAGAUUCGACCCCGAAGGAAAAAUAUCAUUGCGAGGAUCCUGAGCCGCGGGAUAUCUCCCAGGGCAACUCGGCGACAUUACCCAAACACACCCAACACCAUGAUACCCAACACUCGCUCGCUUACGUGGUAAAAGACGAAGACGCAGGGGAGAAGUCAAAACCGGACGAACCAUCGCAGGAGGAUCAUCACAAUAAAGGACAAGCUCGAGACCUCUGGAAUGAAGCCUUCGAAAAGCUAUCGCCUGCGACCCGAGCUCAACUUCGAGCAUUCGGCUACGAGCCGGUAUCCAGAACAUCGCAGCAGGAACAAAGCUUGAAUACCAUUAUCAAAGUUCUGCAGCAGAAGCAGAAGCAGUGCGAUGAAGAGACCUGGACGUUUGACGUCGGACAGCACAAGAUCAUCGUGCGAGACUACGCGUCCAAAUGUGCGACCUGGGUGCAGUUGAUCGGCGAUCUUGUUGUUCCCUUUGCGCCAUCGCAAGCGGCAGGGCCAUGGGGUUUGAUCAAGAAGGUUUUAGAGGUUCCUGUUGCAUUCGACAAGCAAAUGACCGCUCUACUUGGGACUGUGGACCGAGUCCUGCAGGUCACACACCGUGCCAGAGUAUACGAGGUCAUCUACUCGGCAGAGGAUGGUGGCAUUGAGGAGACGCUGCACCGAGAUCUUGUCAACGUCUACCAGGCUACCUUGGAAUUGUUGUCUUACAGUACUGAUCUACUGUCGACGUCGACUACGGAGAGAGUGCUAAAAGGAAUGUUCGAUCAGACCACGGGGCUGUUCUCCGAUCUCGCAGCGAAGGAACGCGAACUCAACUAUACGGCCAGUGCAUGCGAGAGUAAACGUAGUGCAGAAUCAGACGUUAAGAUAUUGCAACACAUGCAGGCCCUUCAGGGCUACCUUCCUCGGAUUGACAGCCGGGUGACAGCAUUUCUGGAGCGGCUUGAGGUGAAAGAUGCCCUCGAGAUCCUGGAUUGGGUCUCGUCUGUCAAAUAUGGAGAGAAUCAUAACUUAGUGCGCGGCAAUCGGACGCAGGGAACUGGGGAUUGGCUGCUACAACACCGGAUCUUCCGACAGUGGGAGGACAGUAGCUCCACAGCCGUGCUGUGGCUGCGAGGAUCUCGAUCGAGAACUGACAGCAGCCAAGCGGGCACGGGGAAGACCUUUCUCACCUCGAGAGUCAUCGACCACGUCGAAGGCACUCUCCGAACGACCGCCAACGACGAAGGCUUUGCCUACUUCUAUUGCAACCGAACCGAGGACAUCCGUACCCGCCCUUUGGCUGUAGCCCAGAGCUAUGUUCGCCAAUUGUCGUCUUGCGCAAUCAAAAUCAGCUCUUGUUACAUUCAGUCCAAGCUUCGGAUCUGCUAUAAGGAGCAGCGGAUUCGUGCAGCAAGUCUAGACCUUGCACUCUGUAAGACUCUCUUGAUCGAGUCCUUAAAUCUCUAUCCCCGGACCACCCUGAUACUGGAUGCAUUUGACGAGUGCGACCCUGCAUCGCGGAAAGAACUUCUGCGACUGUUUGAGGAAUUGCUCCGAGUCAGCAGAAGGCCGGUUAGACUCUUCAUUGCGAGCCGCCCUGACGGCGAUAUCCGAAGUCGAUUCCAGUCCCACCCGAACAUCGAAAUUCAGGCGACAGAUAACCGCGACGAUAUCCAGAUGUAUAUCAGGCAGAGAAUCCCUGACGUGAUUGCACAUGAGGAACUCCACGCUCCGGUAAUGUCGGCUCUUUUAGAGAAAUGUGAUGGCAUGUUUCAAUGGACCGCUCUGCAGCUCGAUCAGCUGGCGAAAUGCGUCAGCGCCGAGACAAUCUUGGAAUGUCUGGGGAUACUUCCAAGGACACUCGACGAGACAUAUGACAGGCUCUACCAGGAGAUGUACGACCGCGGGAGUCACGAUCGAAAACUUGCGCAACGGGCUUUCCAAUGGGUUCUGGCUGUGAACACCCCACUCUCACGACAGCAGCUCCUGGAGGUAAUCCGCGUCAAUCCCGAGCACGAUGGGGUGGAGUUAUGUGCCCCAAUCACUUCGGAUGAGUUGCUUUCCUUGUGUCGCAAUCUCCUCGUCAUUGACUCGGAGCAGGAUUUGUGGAGAGUCUCGCAUCUGUCGGUUGCAGAGUACUUUGAACAACGCCACGGUUGGCACAACGUGGCGGUCAACUUGAUGGCCAGCAAGGUCUGUCUGCAAGUAAUGCUCAGUGAGAUCUACUGGGGUCGUUUGAUGGGUUCGAGCCUGCCUUCUGAACUGGGCGCCGAGGUUGAUUAUUCACCAGUGUUGAUGCGAUACAGCGCAUUCAACUGGCACAAGCACCUUCAGAGACUUGAGAACAGCCCUGUGGCAAUGGAUGACGACUUGGCGCCCGUUACAGGCCUUCUUGAGAAGUUCCUCGGUGCCCCGGAAGCCAGCAGUGCACAAUACCGCCUCUGGGCGCCGUUGGAAGACAUGGAACCUGCUGACUGCUCAAUUCUGGCUGUGUGUAGGUAUGGAUUUGUGCAAAUAUUGGUGGAUUGGUGGAGAAGAGCCGAGCUGAGCCCUGUCUGGAGUGAUGACAUCGGGCCCAGUCCCACGAUGGUGGCCGUCAGGAAUGGCCAUGCCCCAAUUGUGCAGGCUCUUUUGCAGAAAGGCGUCUCUAUUGCCGCUCAAGCCAAUUCGAUGACGGGCCUCACACCACUCAAGGCAGCAGUGUCUCAGGGCCAAGUCGAGGUGGUCAGAAUUCUCCUGGAAGAAGUAAACAGAGAUUUCAGCUCCCAGGAGGCCACCGAUGACUGCUCGCCCAGCAUAUUGGAGAGCUGCUCGCGCUUCACAUCCUCCGCAUUGGAGGCAGCUAUCCUGAACACUGAUCUAACCAUGUUGAGGCUAUUGGUUUGUGUAGGCUUUGCGGACGCCAAUUUGCGUUUACCUUUAAGCGAUUAUGGGAGUGUACUUGUGUUAGCUGCUGGUCUGGGAUGGCUGGAAGGCAGCCAAUGCUUAGUGGAGGAAGGGGGGGCAGAUGUCGAUCUGCUUCUGCACCAUGGGGCGUACGGCAGCGCUCUGGCUGCUGCUGCAUGGUGCUCGCGAAGGAGUGCAAAGGCAUUAGAGCUGAUGAAAUACUUCGUGGAAAGUCGCCAGGCCAACGUCAAUCUGCCCCUCCAUACGGGCCUCCACGGAAGUGCCUUGGCCGCCGCCGUUGAUGCCGGUGCUCCCAGAGCCAUUCGGUAUUUGCUCGAUGUCGAAGACUUCUCGAUGCUAAAGAACAAGUCCGAUGGAUGCUGA